AUGGGCUUCAGCUUCCUCCCCGUGAUGGAGUACCUCUCACGCCGCGCCUUCCACGCCGCCGGCCUCUGCCCCCACACCGUCACCCUCCCCUGCGACCCCGGCGAAGGCAGCGGGACCCAAACGAUCCACUACUGGGCUCCGGCGCCGGCGGGGGAGCCGCGCCUGCCGCCGCUCCUCCUCAUCCACGGCUUCGGGCCCAUGGCGACCUGGCAGUGGCGCCGCCAGGUGGGCGCCUUCUCCCGCCGCUUCCACGUCGUCGUCCCGGACCUGCUCUGCUUCGGCGUCUCCGCCCCCUGCCCCUCCUCCCCGGCGCCCUCCGAGUCGGCGCAGGCCGCCGCGCUGGCCGCGCUGCUCGACGCGCUCCCGGGUCUCCCGGCGACGGCGCGCGUCGCCGUGGCCGGCACGAGCUACGGCGGGUUCGUGGCCUACUCCCUGGCGCGCGCGGCGGGGCCCGCGAGGGUCGGCCCCGUGGUGAUAUCCAACUCGGACCUGCUCAAGACGGCCGAGGACGACCGGGCGUUCCUCCAGCGCGCCGGCGGCGAGUGGGCGAGCGCGGCCGACUUGCUCAUGCCGCUGGACGCGCGCACGGCGCGGCGGCUCAUGGAGCUCUCGUUCUACCGGAGGCAGGUCACCUCCAUGCUGCCGGACUUCCUGAUCAGAGAGGCCGUGCAGGUGAGACUUUUCAGUGAUAAGAGGGAGGAGAAGAUCGAGCUGAUGAAGGCCAUAACUGUAGGGACUGAUGAGUUCCAACUUACGCCCUUGGAGCAGGAUGUUUUGCUCGUCUGGGGAGACCACGACCAGAUAUUCCCUUUGGACAAGGCAUUUGCUAUCAAGAGGUGCUUGGGAGAGAAUGUGAGGUUGGAAAUCUUCAAGGAAACCGGGCAUGUGCCGCAGAUGGAGGACCCGAAUCGGUUCAACGAGGUCGUCUUGGACUUCUUACUUGCCUCUCAAAAGUCCCCAAACCAGCAUGAUCAGUAG